GAUGUCAGUGUUUUUAUGCACAGCGCAGAUUCAUCCGAUGGCUUAGUCUGCCUUUUCGGUCAUUUUUAAAUGUCGGGCAUGCUCUAACAUAUUGGACUGACUGGGAUUACUGCUGACUUUUCUGUCGACUGGUAGGUUUUCACGGGGGGAAACCUAUCGUGGAUCGGUUACAGCUGGGGCGACAUGAGCGCAGGAAAACUUCUGAGUCUCAGGAUGGAUGUACCUGUCGUCAUUUUGCUCAUCCACUUGACCCAUACUGAGAUUAGAGCGCUGCUGACCAGCAGGCCGGAAGUGUCCUCCAAAUGUCCCCUCGGCCACUUCCCCUGUGGGAACAUAAGUGAGUGUCUCCCACAGGCUUUGCAGUGUAACGGACACAAGGACUGUCCCAAUGGAGCUGACGAGCGGCGCUGUGGGGACAACAUCGGAUGGGCGGACUUAUUUGGUCAAACACUACAAGAUGCCAAUCAUGUGGACCAGUACUUCCUGAAUGAGUGUUUCUUGCAGGAAUAUCCAGAGAGUUGUGACUGCAUACAGACGGAUGUUGAGUGUGUGGAGGUCAACCUGCAGGAUGUUCCUCUACUCUCUCUUAAUGUUACCUUUCUGUCACUGAGGAGCAACAAGAUCCGAGUGUUGUCUGAUUUAGUUUUCUCAAAAUACUCUUUUCUAGAGAGACUAUUUCUGCAAAACAACAGCCUCCAGUUCAUAUCCAAACGUGCUUUCAGCGGCCUGCACAAUUUAAAGAGGUUGUUUCUAAGUGAGAACUUGAUAUCCUCCCUUAGUCUUGGUGUGUUCGGAGAUCUCCAUCAGUUAGAGUGGCUGAUGUUGGAUCAUAACCCACUAAGCAGCUUGUCCAAGGACACUUUCAUCGGGCUCCAGUCUCUCAUAUACCUAUCCAUGGUGGGCACCUCGCUGCAGCAGCUUCCACACCCAAGCUUCUGUCAACACAUGCCUGCCUUGGACUGGCUGGAUCUUGAGGGAAACCAGAUUGAAACUCUCAACUACUCAAUCUUGAAGACCUGCAGCAAGCUUGAAGUUCUAUUGCUGAUGGACAACAAGAUCAGAAGAGUUCCCGAAAACACCUUCCAGUCUCUGUGGAAACUAGCUGAACUGAAUCUGUCCAGCAACAGGAUCAGAGAGUUGCCAAAAAACACCUUUAAGAGCCUCUCCAAGUCCCUUCUUAAACUAAAUAUCUCCCACAAUCCCCUCCUCCGCAUUCACCCCAGCCACUUCCACCACCUGACACAUCUUCAGUCUCUGGCGCUGGAGGGGAUAGAGAUCCCAGACAUUCAGACUAAGAUAUUUCUGCCUAUGAAUAACCUCUCCCACAUCUACUUUAAGAAGUUCCAGUAUUGCUCCUAUGCACCCCAUGUCAGGUCCUGUAAGCCCAACACAGAUGGCAUCUCUUCCUUUGAGGACCUGCUGGCUAACGUAGUGCUGCGGGUGUCUGUCUGGGUCAUGGCCUUCAUUACUUGCUUCGGUAACCUCUUUGUUAUCGGCAUGAGGUCACUGAUACGAGCAGAGAACAACCUGCAUGCUGCCUGCAUCAAAGUCCUCUGCUGUGCAGACUGCCUCAUGGGUGUGUACCUGUUUUUCGUUGGAGUGUUUGAUGUGAAAUUCCGCGGGCAGUACAAUCGUAACGCCCUGCUCUGGAUGGAGAGCGUGGAGUGUCGCACUAUUGGAUUCCUGGCCAUGCUUUCCUCAGAGGUGUCUGUUCUCCUCCUGACCUACCUGACUCUGGAAAAGUUUCUAGUUAUUGUCUUCCCCUUCAGCAAUCUGCGCCCAGGCAAACUUCAAACUGUGGUGGCCCUGGCCUCCAUCUGGGUACUGGGGUUCAUUAUUGCUGCUGUGCCCCUAAUGAAUGAGGACGUGUUUGGAAACUACUACGGACGUAAUGGGGUCUGCUUUCCCCUGCACUCUGACAGGCAAGAAAAACCUACAGCCAAAGGAUAUUCAACAGGGAUUUUUCUGGGUCUAAACCUGAUGGCGUUCCUGGUGAUCGCCUUCUCCUACUCCAGCAUGUUCUACUCCAUCUAUAAAACCGGCAUCAAUGCCACAGACUUGAGGAGCAGACUGCACAGAGACGUGGCUGUGGCCAACAGAUUCUUCUUCAUAGUGUUCUCUGAUGCCCUCUGCUGGAUUCCCAUAUUUUUGGUGAAAGUCCUCUCACUAUUGGAGGUGGAAAUACCUGGCACCAUCUCCAGCUGGGUAGUCAUCUUCAUCCUUCCCAUCAACAGCGCCUUGAACCCCAUCCUGUACACCUUGACCACCAGCUUCUUCAGAGAGCAGGUGGAAGUCUUACUCUGUCGUUGGCAAAGAAGACACAUCUUGAAAAAAGACCGCAAAAGCCUCACCUCCUCUACAAUCUUCAUGGACACGUCACGGCCUCCUUGCUACCAGCCACCAGCCUACCUCCAGUCACUUACCGGCGCAGAUCCCCGCUACGCCUAAGGGAGGCAGGAACUGCUCCCACAUGACAGUAGCACUGUUUUAGUGAGACUGGCUUUCCAGUGGAACAAUAUUAACAAUCACUAAGCUGUCUCGCCAGGCUCUAAGGUGCUCCACAUUCUAAAAAUGCUUCUAAAAAGCAACUUUACAAUUAAACGAUGACCCUCCGUACCACUUCAGCUACAGUUGCCCCGAUGCUUGCCUGCUUAUGUGGCCAUACAGUAAAGUGAAGAUAGGAAUAACGAUGGAUGAAAGGAUAAAUACCAGCAUGUACUGUACAUCUCACUGCCACCCAGAGGACAAUCAGAGUGGACUUAAAAUGUCUUAAAAAUCAAGCAAAAAAAGUGCCUAUAGUACUUGUAGGAUACAUAAUGUCCCACAUACAUUUAGUGCCCCCUUUGGUCAGAUUAUGGAUAUGGAUGUAUAGCAGGAGAGAGAGCUGGGAGACGAGCAGCCAAAUAUAUCUUCUAUCUCACAGCCACUUUUCUCUGGAGUGACUUAUGGAUGAAGCUGAUUGAGUCACAGUUGUGACACUCAUCAAAUGCUGACCUGAGAAACAGGUUCAAGGAUAAAUGUUUUUUGUCAAAAAGUGGAAUUAUAAUACUGGGAUUAUACAAAUGAAACUGCAAAUCAGCAUUUAUUUGUUUUCAUUUAAUGUCCACAAAAACUAAUCCA